GAAAAUCAGAAAACAAAUUGUUUCACAACGAACUAGUCCGGAACCAACCAGAAGGAAAAAGCAUGUCGUUCCCUAUCAUUGACGUGUCGGAUAUCGACAAUCCUGAAUCCCAACUGCGCAUUGCACAGGAGGUCACCGAUGCCUGCAAGAAAUGGGGCUUUCUCCUGAUCAAGGGACAUUCCAUUCCAGCCUCGAGCAUCGAGAACAUGUUCUCCUUAGCCAGAGACUUCUUUUGCCUGCCUGAAAGCCAAAAAGAUGGCUACCCUAUCACCAACAAGUCAAUUGGGUAUGUCGGCAGCUUUCAGGAUCGAGCAAAGGACGACAAAAUGUCCAUGUGGUUCGGUGGCACACCGGGGACCCUCGAUGAGAACCUUAGUAUGCUACCCCCGUUCUGGCACCAGCACAUACAGGCGGUCGAGGAUUUCAAGCAUCAGUGCCACGGCUUGAUUAUCCGGUUGCUCGAAUGCUUUGCACUCUCUCUAGGAUUACCAGAUCGCAAAUUCUUUGCCAACGCGCACCGCGAGAAUGUCGGAGAUGGCAAUAGCCUCAGGAUGCUCAUGUACCCAGCCCGAUCAGAACCAACUCCGGCCAAAGACGUCGGAUCUCGAAUGGCCCCACAUACCGACUCUGGCUCGGUAACACUCCUAUUCCAACGCGCUGCUGGCCUGGAAGUUCUGUCGCCGGCUGGCGAUGAGUGGGUUAAGGCACCACACAUCGAAAAUUGCAUUCUUGUCAACAUCGGCGAUGCACUAUCGUUCUGGUCUGGGGCUCAGCUCAAGGCCACACUUCAUCGGGUGACGUUUGACGGCCUUCCACACGAUCAAGAGCGCCAAACCAUGGCCUACUUCGGGAGCGCUAACCCAGAGACCGUGCUCCAACCUAUCGUGCCCGGAAGGCAGGUGGAAAAAUAUUAUUCAAAUGGACUGGAGCUUGAGCCUGGUGUCACAGUGGGAGAGCUCAGACACAAGAUCAUGAGUAACAUCUACGGUGCAGCCUUCACAGCUGCCGCAUAG